AUGGACAAGGCCAGAGGGCGUCUAGUUACCUCGAGCUUUGGGAUCUUCCAUAACACAGACCUAUCAAGAUUAAAUGACGGUUACGAUAACGCAGAAGGUGAUUUUAUAUGUCGGGUUAACGACGUUAUUGCUAAUCCCGAAGGGUAUGGUUACGAAAUCGCCGAUCGACUCGGGCAUGGCACUUUCGGUCAAGUGCUCCGCUGCGUGACCUGCGAUAACCGCAGUUUUGCUGUAAAAAUAAUAAAGAAUAAGCCAGCGUACUUUCAACAAGCCUUGGUUGAAGUGCGAAUUCUCCAACUGCUAAAUCGAUAUUAUGACACUCGCAUAGUGAAAAUGACAGAUUAUUUUGUAUACAGAAAACAUCUAUGCAUAGUGUUCGAGCAAUUGAGUAUGAACUUGUAUGACGUGUUAAAACAGAAUUCCUUCCGAGGGUUACCUAUUAAUAUGAUUAAGUCGAUUAUGGAUCAACUACUACGAGCGUUGGUCUGUUUGCAAACACAAGGGAUCAUUCAUUGCGAUUUGAAACCGGAAAAUAUACUUCUUGUUACCCAUACUCUGGUACACGGGAGUCCCGGGGGGACGGACACUGGUAGAACUCAUGAUAUGAUGUAUGCUACUAAGGGGCAAUAUGGGCAACGCCAGGGUGGCAUGGGAGCAUCCUCGAUGCUUCAGCAAGCUAGUGGUCAGGGACGAGUGCAUAUGCAUAUCGCGGCCCAUCAUAGGCGUUUGGGAGGGAAUAAUAGGGAUAGAGUCUCACCGUUUAGUCAGCAUUCCUCGUGCUCGAGUGACAGCUUCGACGAUCCAGCGUUCGCUAGCGUCCCCUCGCAUGAACUUAGUUAUAUGCCACCAGCGGGUUCCGAAUGUAACCUCCUUGGUGGGCAAAGGACCGGGCGUCUGGGCAGCGACACACCGGUAGGACUGCAAGGAAAGGAGAAUGGUGAAGGUAGAGUUCGGCGAGGUAAGUACCCGAGCACCGAUUGA